CAUUUACUGGCGACGUAUCCGUCAUUUUCGUCAGAGCAACAGUUAAUGCAGGUUUUCCUACCUGUUCUUGCUUCUGCCGUUGCGCUAUAUCUUUCUUAAAAGAAAGAAACAACAAAAUAAGAAACACAUUUGAGAUUUAACAAUCAAGUUGGAAUUCAAGCGCUUGGGCAGAGAGAAGUGGAUAUACCCUAUACGGACUUAAUUGGCAGUGUUUAAGAUUAAUCUUUUCCCUCCUUUUCGGUAACACGGUUGGACUAGGUCUAAUUGGGUUUGAUCAACAUCCAUGUCCUCCUCUGUGGAGUAGCCUAAAACUACAGGUAUUUGACCGUUACUUACAACCUAUACCCUGGAUAUAGCCUACACACACUAUGGGAUUUGGAGCGCUGAGGAUUGGAUUUGUUGCUGUGUUGGUUCAGACGGUCUGUUUCAGAUGCAGUGCAGAGGAGCAGCAGUGCUUGCCUGGACCCCUCCUCCAGGACUACACUUUCAAAGUGGCUCAGAGGAACCUGCAGAAGGACCAGGUGGUGGGGAAAGUGCCUGUGUCUGGCUGUGAGCAGGGCAAGGCAUUGCGCCUGAACUCGACUGACGGGAGGCUGGUGGUGGAGGGAGACGGAACGCUGAGGGUCAGAAACACCCUGAGACUUCCUGCCCGACGCCACACCCUUUCACUCUUCACUUCCGGGUCAGGGACCGACAAGCGCUCGGUGCAGAUAUCUCUGCAGUAUGACCCCCUCAGCCAACCACACAAACAAACGGACAUGGCUCCCGCUCCAGUGGUCAUACACUUCCCCCACUCCUCCUCAGGUUUGCACAGGAGAAAGCGUGACUGGAUCAUCCCUCCCAUCAGUAUCUCAGAGAACCACAGAGGGCCAUACCCUUACAUGUUAGUCAAGAUUGAGUCCAGUCUGCAGAAAGUGACAAAGGUUGUGUACAGCCUCUCUGGUCCAGGAGCUGACCAGGAUCCUAAGGACCUCUUUAGAAUCAGUGCUUCAACCGGCUGGAUCGAGGUCACACAGACUCUUGACAGGGAAAGGCGAGAGGAAUACAAGCUCAUAGCCAGAGCAGACGUUGUGGGAUCAACAAAACCGGAGGAUUCAGAAACUCCUACAGAUAUCAUCAUCCGCGUCAUCGACCAGAACGACAACACACCAAAGUUUACUCAGGACACCUAUGAGGCCACGGUGGAAGAGGCUGCUCCCGAAGGAUUUGAGAUUCUGCGGGUGAGCGCCACAGAUGCAGACGAGCCAGACAGUGCCAACUCUGACAUCUUGUACAGUAUCAUAAACCAGGACCCUCCUCCUGAGGGCUUGUUCUUUAUUAACCCCAUCAGCGGAGGACUCCAGGUCAAGAAGACUGGAAUACUGGACCGAGAGACCACCAAGCGCUACACGCUCACCAUCCAGGUGGCAGACGACAAAGGCCAGGGUCGAGCUUCCAGCUGCACUGUCCUUCUCACCAUCACAGACAGCAAUGACAAUGCACCCCAGUUCAAACAGGCCACGUACAAUGCGAAAGUGCCAGAGAACACUGCUAAUGUGGAGGUGGUGAGGGUGAUGGUGGAGGAUGCUGAUGAACCUCAUACACCCAACUGGAACACCAAGUACUCCAUUCUCAGUGGCAACGACGCAGGCUUCUUCAACAUCAGCACCGGCACCAGUAAAGAAGAGGGCAUCAUCAAAACAGUCAAGGGUCUUGACUUUGAGCAGAACCGUAAAUACACUCUAGUUAUAUCCGUGGAAAAUGAGGUUCCUUUUGUGGUUCCCGUGCCCACAGCCACAGCUACCGUCAUAAUCGAUGUGGAGGACCUAAACGAGGCACCCGUAUUUGUGCCUGGGGAGAAAAAGGUUGUGAAAUUCGAGAACCUGCCAGUAGGCAGUGAGAUAGUGUACUACACAGCAACGGAUCCAGACGUGGAUAUGAAGCAAACUAUUUCGUAUCGUGUGGGGAUGGACCAGGCCGGCUGGCUAGCCAUAGACCCCUCCAGUGGCCUCAUCACGGUGAAGAGCCCCUUGGACAGAGAGUCGCCAUUUAUGUUCAACAACCAAUACAAAGCCACUAUUUACGCCAUUGACCAAGCGGAAGACAGCAGCCACAUCCCAGCCACUGGUACGGCCACUGUGCUGAUAGAGCUGGAGGACGUGAACGACAAUGCCCCCGUCGUCCACCAGAGGGAGAUCAUCAUGUGCAACAUCAAGCCUGUGCCUGCCCUGCUCACCGUCUCUGACCUAGAUGGACCUGGCUUCGCCAACCCUUUUAGGGUGGAGCUCAACUCCAGCCUCCGCAGCCAGUGGCACGCCACCAUGAACAACAAUAAGACUGGAAUUCUGCUCAGCAUGAAAAGUGCUCUGAGCCAAGGUGUCUACGACAUCAUGCUGACGGUCUACGACAACGAGGGCUUGGGUCAGGUGAACACACUCGAGGCCAAGGUGUGUGACUGCACAGGAAGUGACAACAACUGCUUUGAAAUCCGAGCCGCGGGGUUUGGCCUGCCAGGGAUCAUGGGUGUUCUGGGUGGCAUCCUCUUCUUACUCCUGGUGCUGCUGUUGUUGAUGCUGCUGGUGAGGAGGAGGAGGGUGGGGGGGAAGAAGGAGGUUGGAGCUGUGGAGGAUGACCUCAGAGACGAGCUCCUGUACUACAAUGAGGAGGGCGGAGGAGAAGAGGACAAGGAGUUUGACCUGAGCCAGCUCCACCGAGGUCUGGACAACAAGCCUCAGGUCUACCGAGACGAUGUGGCCCCCACUCUCACUGCUGCCGCCCCUGUGUAUCGCCGCCCCACCAACCCUGACGACAUUGGCAACUUCAUCUUUGAGAACCUGGCGGCUGCAGACGGUGACACGACGGCGCCCCCCUUUGACUCGCUGCUGGUGUUUGACUAUGAGGGGGCAGAGUCCAUCUGCAGCUCUCUCAGCAGCCUGCAGUCCAGCAGCUCGGACAGAGACCAGGACUACGAGCACCUGCAGCAUUGGGGUCCGCACUUCAGGAAGCUCGCCGACAUGUAUGGAGGAGGCGAGGAUGACGAGCUUUGAACACCAAGCGUCACCAAGGGUUGGGGUGGGGGGUCAUUAUGUUAAGGAAAAUACUUUACCUUAGCUCUUUAUCACAACACUGACAUAGCUGUCAUGAUUACAACAACUAAAGCAACAUUUCCGAGGUAUGUUUUCAUGGGAAAAUAGUCUUGGUGUCAUCUUCAAAUUAAUUUUGAUAGCAUACAGUCAAAGUGAAACACUGGUAAGCAUGGCAUUUCCACCAGCUGUUCCCAUUUGCACUGUGUAGUCCUGUAUUUCCAGACAGGAUGGGAGAAGUCCAAGAAAAGUUUAUAUAGCGUGACAAUGACGUCUAUAUCACCAAAAUACACCAGUUAGCAUGCUAGCAAGCUUUUAGAAGUCCCAGUUAUAUGCUGUUGUCUUUUAUGUCUCUUAAGUACUUUUAAAUUGUUAGGUUUUUUUUAUCUAAAAAGGCCCUCCAUAGUGCUGCUUUUCAAAAACAAUACUGUAAGAAUGUCAAAAGCAGUGACUUUGCCUGUUUUUGCUGUAGCCUAUAUUAGUUAAGUAGCCUACAGUAAAGGUUGUGUCAUGUAAAUGUACCACAGAAUAUGAUAUUUCCCGUGCUUUACCCCUGAAAUUGCUGUAUUAGUCGCAUGAUGGGAUGAUGUUAAGUGUAUUUCUUUGUGUUUGUGUGUCAGAUCUGGCUUUAAAAUGAUCAUUUUA